GCAAGACCAAUUCUCCAACCCUCCUAUCAAUUAUAUAAACCUCAUCUUCUCCUCUACUCAACUCUCCUCUUCUUUUUAUCCUUCAUUUCUUCCUCAAAUUCACCUUUUUCUCUCUCUCCUAUUUAUACCCAUAAAUUCUCAAAUCUUCCUAACCCACUUCUCAUUUUUCUCUCUCCUCACUCCCCCAAAAAAAUGGAAUUCCCAGUAAUUAAUUUUGAAGCUGGUAUUAAUUCAUUACAUAAUCCUUCAUUAAUUUAUCGAAUUUUCUCAAAUUUUGAGCUGGGUAAAUUAUCAUAUGCUAAUAGAAUAUGGAAAUGGGGUGCCCUUUUUCUUGCUUUAGUUUAUGCAUUUAGUAGUCUUGUUAAUAAAAUCAAGAUUAUAAUCUUAUAUUAUCACAAUAAAUCCAGAUCUUUAUUAGCUGCUUCUGAACCUCUAUUAUCUCACUUAUACGAUGAAUUUGAUAGUGAUUUUUCCGAUGACGAAAACGACGACGUUUGCUCUUCCUGCGGAUCCACCUCCGAUGAAGAAGACGACGUCAUCGACGAUGACGACGAAAUCGAAGAUCUAUGGAACGCAUCGUUUGAUGACGAUGAUUACAAUGUAAAGGGUAGUUUCGGUAAUUUCAAUGAAAGUUCAAGGCAAAAGGGUAAAUUCAAGCUUCUUCGCCGAAGACGGAGUUUUGUUGACAAUUUCUCGUUGUCUGAUUUUGUUAACGGAAACGGCGUCGUCAAGCUUUGGGAUGGAUUAAGUUUAGGAGUUGUAGAUGUCGAUAAUGCCUUUUCAUUUCUAGAUUAUGAAAAUGAUAAAAAUUCAGAAAAUCGAGACUUAUUCUUCGCCGGAGUUCCGGCUGUUUCUUCGUCGCCGGCGGUGUUUAUCUCAGGCGGAAAAUUAGGGCUAGACAUUUGGGAUUUCCGAGCCGGCGAUUCAUCACCGGUUGUGAAAUCCGAUUGGAGACGGUCGGACCGGAGGGGAGAAGUAGUCGGGAUGGAUUCCGGUCGAACCGGAAAAGUAUACGUCAGAGAUGACGACAGCAUGAGGUUAGCAGUUGGUGACGUAAGAAAGGUUGAUGCGGCGUUAACGGAGGAGUAUGAGGAGGAGAUGUGGUGGGAUGCUGACGGUGUAACUGAGUCAACUCACGAGUGAGACGGAGGUGGUGGUGGGAUCGGGUGCGACGCGGUCUUUCUGGAAGACAGGUGGAUUUCAACAAAAUGAAAAUGUGUUUCACGCGUGAGAAGUGAAAGGAAGACCACUAAUAUUAUUUGAAUAAUAUUUAGUUUUAAAAAUGAUGUAUUAGUAUUACUAUUAUUAGUGAAAGAAAUUACUACGUAUUAAAGUUGAAUAAUGAUUGUUGUAGAUUAGGGGAGAAGGGGAGAGUUGUAAAAAUGAUGAACUCUUUGAUCCAUUGCUUUGUAUAUACUUGAAAUGAUGAAUUUUCUUUUCAAUUGAAAAUACCUCAUUUGUGAAUA